AUGGAGGAGAUUUCCCCAAAGCUUCAGCGCGAGGUGGGCGGCACGGAAGACGCGUCGCGGCUCAAAUUCACAUGUCUUGAGGAUUUUGCUGGCCACGGACACCAGGAUUGGUACGACCUUGUGGAUUCUGACGAGGACAUGGUGAUGCCGGACACUGCCCUUGUACCUGAAGCCCAGGCUGGCAUGGAUAUGUGGCUGCGCAACGUAUUUGCUGAGGGCAGUCGCACCAGUGUGGAUGUGGUGGCAGAAGGUGCUUCUGGGCGCAUCUUGGGGUAUUGUGCCUAUCGUUUCGAAGGGGCCCUCCAAUCUCCCUGGCUCCACUUGCUGGGCAUCGCGGUGGACGCCCAAAACCGCCGCCGGGGCCUGGCGCAGCACCUGCUGCGCGCGGCGCUCCGCGGCGCGGCCGAGGCCGGCGCCUCCGCGGCGCUGCUGCACGUGCGCGUGGAGAACCACGCGGCGCAACGGCUCUACCGAAGACUGGGAUUCUUGCGCGUCGCCAGAGUGCAGGGCUACUACACUGAAAACGACGCAUGGGAGCUUCUCAGGGAGUUGCCAGCGAUGGCGCUGCGGCCUGUGGAUCUACCGGAGGUCAUGAAGCUACGUGCUCAAGGUCUGCCGCGUAGUGCGGUGGAACGAGCGCUGCGCUGGACACAGAACGAUCUGCAGAUGGCGCAGGAGUUGGCUGCUGGCCGCAUCUUGCAGGUCUCAGGGGAGGCCCUGAGAGAGACGCAGCAAAGUACUGCAUUGAUGGCAGCGGAUGAAAAGAUGAGUUCUGGGAUGAUCUUGCUGGGGGAGACCUCAGAAAAUCUCUGCAUUUUUUUCCAUAUGUUACCUGCUAUGAACAUCUGCAGCUUCUGA